AUGGAAGCUACUUCAGUAACAGAACUGUUGAAGGGCUUUUGUGAUACUAUGCCAUGGCAGUAUGCUGUCUUUUGGAAGCUUAACCAUCUUUCUCCGAUGACAUUGAACUGGGAAAGUGGUUACCAGAAAAGUAAUGAGCCUUUGGGGAGUAUGUGGGGGGACAUCAAUUUCGAAUCCACCGAUGAUGUAUAUUCUUCAAGGACUGAAGGAACUGAUGAUGUAGGUGAUUAUUCAGUUCGACUUCUCAUGAUCGAAAUGUCUCAUCGUAAAUACAGUUUGGGAGAAGGGGUCGUUGGUAAAUUAGCUCUUGCCAAGGAACAUUGUUGGGUUUCCAGCGAGGAUAUUUUCACCGGUAAAUUUGACACUAGUUUGCUUCCUGAGUGUCCCGAUGAGUGGCUUCUUCAGUUUGCAUCUGGUAUCAAGACUAUUGUGCUGGUUCCAGUUCUUCCACAAGGGGUUUUGCAGUUCGGUUCAUUUAAAGUGGUUGCUGAAGACCGAGAAUUUGUUACAAAUAUCAAAGAAAAAUUUCAUUUCAUUCAUUCUAUGGAAGCUAAUACCACAUCUUUGAACUAUGAAAUUGAUUCUCAAGAUUGGUCAUUCUCAGAUCUAUCAAAGUAUUUGAUGGAUAGCAUCAAUGAAUCUUCGGCAGCCAGUACUUCUCUCAAUAUGAACGAAUCAGCCAGAUUUCCUCAGGAUGAGUAUUUGUUCUCUAGAGAAACUCAGCUAAAAUCUCUCAAAAGAGCGAAUGAAACACAGAUGUUUUCCUCAUCAUUCGAGACGUCAACCGAUCCAACACAUAUUGGUUAUGUGGACACAAAGCCAAAUCAUCUGGUAGAAGAGAUAUGGCCCUGGUCUCACUUUAUCGGCAAUGAAGAAAAGUUCGGGGAGACAUCGUAUGGGUUAAGUUCUUAUUCUGAUAGUAAUUUGACUGGUCAUGUUAAUGUUAAGAAUUUCAAAGACUUAUCUUCUGUCCCCUCAGUGUCUGCAUUCGACAAAGCAAUUGGAACUGUUGCAUAUCGAAAUAUCUUGGACAAGGAUACAUUCAGUAGCUCAACAUUAAUAUCCAAUAAAAAGGAGCAUGAUCAUAUCACGAGUUUUGAGCUUCCUGAAGGACUCGAACCAGAAUAUCUUUUGGAUAUUGUUGUUGGCGAUUUAUACAGUGCCUCUGACGAUACCUCGUGUAGAUCCAACAGUUUUAGGUCUCAUAUAACAAUGCCGUCAGAGUUUACAGGCUCCAUUCAGCCAAAAAUCGUAUCUGAAGAAAGCACUGUGUUUGUGAAAAAUUCAGAUGUUGGAAGUGGUCUUAUGCCUGCGGUUACAACCAAUGCAAAAGACGUAUUUAUGCCGUCUUUCAAUGGAAAUUCAAGUUUAUUGGUUGAUGAGGCACCACUGGAACAGGUUAAUAAUCACGUGGUGCCUAUUAGUCGACCAAAGCUCUCUAGUGUGAGCAAGAAAAGAGCAAAAGUAGGCAACAAGAAAAAUUCAAGGCCAAGAGAUAGACAAUUGAUCAUGGACAGGAUGAAGGAGUUGAGGGAACUCAUCCCAGAUGGUGGAAGGUGUAGCAUUGACAACCUUUUGGAACGAACCGUAAAGCACAUGAUGUACUUAAGAAUGGUAACUAGCCACGCCGAGAAACUGAAACGAUUUGCUGAUCAUGAGGUACCUAAAAGGAAAAGGCAGAAAACAAAUGGCAGCCAUCCAGGAAGAAGCUGUGCAUUUGACUUAGAAAGUGAACAAUCAUGGCCCAUAGUCAUAGAAGAUCUGGAAUCCUCAGGGCACAUGCUCAUAGAGAUGGUAUGCAAUGAUCAUGGACUUUUCUUGGAGAUUGCUCAGGUGAUCCGAAGACUGGACAUUACCAUCUUGAAAGGGAUUUUAGAAAACCGUUCGAGCACAAGCUGGGCUUGUUUCAUCGUCGAGGUUCCAAGAGGUUUUCACAGGAUGGAUAUUUUAUGUCCUUUGCUUCAUCUUUUGCAGCUUAGGAGAAACUGUGUCUCAUGA